GUUACUGCCUGGCAAAAUUAAAUUAAGCUAUUUCUGGUGCACUUGUUAGUUCUGAAUUUGAACAACCAGCUCAAAAGUUUCCCACUCUUUUGCAGCGGUGCCAUCGCCAGGUGAAAUGUGCAGUGACGGUGAAAGAAGAGACGCAACUCAGGAUCAUGAUUUGAAUACCCUGAUCUCGUCGGCCCAGUGGCUUAGCCAUUAUGGGCUGAAGCAAAGUAAACUCACGCUGAGUCAGAUCCUGCCUACCAUCAGCUUUAAGCACAGUGAAGACUAUGUUCAUUCUUUAGGGAAAUCUGUCUCCUCCCUGUAUAGCUGUGGAAUGUUCCCACAGUUCACCAUACAUGGAGCUGUCUACAAUAUCACAGCCUCUCAACACGAGCUGGAGAAAGUCUGUACAAGACUGGAGAGAACAGCGAAUCAGUACCAGCAGAGGCUGAACUGGCUCACGACAGGAAGUAGGCAGCUUUUUGGUGUGAUCCAGGAGAAAAGGGUCACAGUCAUAGUAGACCUCGGAAGUUGUCCCUCAAUAGAACAUCACCAACAGGCCAAGAGGGCACUGAGUCUGGUAAUCUGUGAACAAGUCUCACAGAUCGACUCAUUCAAUAUUAUUCAUUCAGGUGGGCAUGUGAAUGCAUGGAGAGAGAGAGUAGUGGACACCAGUGAGGAAAACCUACAGUCUGCCACAGAUUGGUUGUGGGCCUUACAACCUGAAGCCUCUUGUCUGAUUAACACUGCCAGUGCACUUUUAAAAGCAAUGGAGGACAUGAAUGAGGCAGUCUAUUUGUUUGCUGCUGGAGAUUUCUGGGAUGAGGACAUUAAAGAUGUGUUGGGUAAUUGGCUAGUUGACAUUGUCUGCCCUGUACACACAAUAUCAUUUAAUGCUAAGGCAGAGAAAACCAUGUUGGCCUUGAAGCACUUGUCCUUUCUAUCUGCUGGUAGGUUUCAUGCAUUUGCUGAAAUUAGUAUAUUUGUGGAUGAACUGUGUGACUCAUCACUGGAUAAAGAGAGGUGUGGGGCGUCCGAGGUUCGCACCGAACUCCUAGGAGGAGUGCCGACAGGGUGUGGAGUUCGAGAGGAUGUCUAUCUGGUCUGGAGUGAGAAAAGACAGGCCCUUCAAAUCAGAGAUCAAAUCCAAGCCAUUCUGAUAGAACUCUUCCCUCCAGAACCUAAAUCAGAACCAGACCAGCUGUGUAGCUGUACCUCAGAGUGUAGCCUGAGCUCUGGACAGUGGCUCGAGCUGUUUGGACUAAAGGCGCAGAAGCUGACUCUCUACGACGCUCUUGCCAGCUGUGUCUUUCACCACUCUGAUGGCGUUGUUGACAUUAAAACCACGCCAGCCGAUGAAAGUCUCCAGUCAGAUGCUGUGACAUGUAGAAAGCUGAUCAAUGCUAAGUACUGCAGCCAAUUUGUGCACAUGCGUUGGAAGGAUGGCUCUGUGGUUCACGUCUAUGUUACAGCUGAGGAGUGUAGACAGUAUGAGGAGAAGAUGCACCAGGCCUUAGUAGUCUUACAGAGGAGAAUAGAUUGGUUGAGGAGUGGGAGCAGAGAGCUGUUUGGCAACAUUCAGGAGGACCAGCUGUAUCUCCUCCUUGAUACCUCAGAGUCUAUGCGACGCCAUCUGCCUUGGGUGAAAGGGAAAGUUCACCAGCUCAUAGAGGAGCAGCUUUGCCAGAAGCAGAGAGUAAACAUGUUGGGCUUUGGCACGAAUGUGACACUGUGGAGAGACACGCUAACAGAAGUCAGCCCUGAGUCGCUGGCCAAUGCACUGCAUUGGAUUGACCAAUUGACGGCAGGAGGCUCUACAAAUACACUGGAUGCUCUGACUCUAGCCUUGGCUGAUGAGGGCACUCAAGCUGUGUACCUGCUAAUGGAUGGGAGGCCUGAUCAGCAUGCUAAAGACAUUUUAAAGCUGGUGAGAAGGAGGACCCCUGUGCCAAUUCACACUAUCUCCUUCAACUGUGAUGACCAUAAGGUCAACAGCUUCCUGCACGAACUCUCCCAGCAGACAGGGGGCAGAUUCCUCAGCUACUUCACAGAUGUCGGGGACGAUUAUGCUUUUCAGAGGCCUUAUGAGAAUGAAGACCUCCAGAUUUUGCAGACAGAAAUGGAGGAAGGGAGGAGAGACCUUGAGAGCAUUAUCAGACUCCGUGCUGAGUGUGUCCUGUUGGAUACUUUCCAUCAUCGCAAGAGUGGCACAACCCAAAGGCAAAUGAAGCCCUUCUGUUACGUGAAACAGUGUUCUUUCCAAAGAAAUCAAGGAGAGCAGCAGUUUGAUCAGCUCAAGUCUGCAAGAUGUGCAGCUCAAACAAAAUCCAGCUUGCUUAGGCUCCUGUCCAGCAGUGGCAGUGUUGGUGCCAGAGCUCCACUUCACAGAGGCAAAGUCCCCGAUCAGGGUUGGCUGCUCCCCGAGUCCCUGGAACUGUUUCAGACGAAUGCUGAUAAGCAGAUGCAAGUCCUUCACAGGCUUGGAAAAACAUCGAACGAAAUUAGAAAAAAGAAGCAAAAGCAAACAAAACCUAAGGAGUCUCUGGAUAUGUCAACAGCAGAGUGGUUGAAGGCCAACAGUCUGGUUGCAAAGAAGCUCACUAUAUCAGAUGCUGUGGCACCAGCCGCCAUAGCUCACGAUGCAAAAUACGUCCCCAUGCUGGAAAAGCAUGUUUACUCAAAGGUCUUUGAUGAGGUACUUCACCUGGCCCAUAUCAACAAAGGUGGCAAACAGAGACUAACUCUGAUCAACCCUUUAUCUGUCGACUUGGAGGACUACAAAUCUAGACUGAGCAAAGCUCUGCGGGCCUUUGAGAGACGCCUGGACCUGAUUGUCUGGAGAGCCUUGCCACAGGAAGAAAAGGACAAGUUUGGCGGGGAGCCAGUGGCCUUCAGGGAACGGCGUGGGGUCCAGCUGGAGGUCCUGGAGAGGCUUGGCUGGCCGAUAGCCCAAGAGGAGCUGAGUGAGCUGGAGGAGCAGAUCCACCUGGGACACGGCUUCCUCCAGCAGGCCUCCGACCUGCAGGACGUCACCAGGCAGGCAGCCAGAGAUGCAAGGGCAGCAACCACCAACAGCAGCCUUAAGGAAACACCCCCCAAAAGCCAGAGAGAAACCCCUAAAAGACCCCUGGAUUAUCUGAGGGGUCAAAAGGUCGUUGCUCGCUCAAAGGCCGAUGGGGUCUACUACUCAGGCAUAGCUAGGAAGCGUUUGCCUGGGAAGAGAGUAAAGGUUGAUUUGAACAGCAGGGCCUGUGAGGUCGUAGCCCUUGGCGAUGUGCUGACAGUAGGAGGCAGUGGACCCUGUCCUCCUUUGGCGGUAGCGGACUAUGUGUUGGUCGCCGCUAGGACAGACGACCUGGGUGACCACUUUGUGCCAGGAGUUGUCAUAGCAACCCCUCGUCGCUUGGAGGCUGCGGACAAAUUGUUCACCAUUCUCAAGUACAACAAUAAGGAGGUACACACUCUUCGCAAUAAGAUCAUCAAGAUCAGCCAGGCUAGAUACCAGACCACUUGUCAUAGGCUUAGACAGAUCCACAUGACCAGGAAGACAACGUGACAAGUUCUUCCAGAGCAAGCAAGGGAGGAGAGAGGAUAGACUCAUGAAGGAAACUAGGGGUCAAGUCCCAAGGAGAAUGACUCAUUGUGUAGUGUGAAGGUUUUGUUUGAAAAACACAAGAAUUUAUAUUUUACAUUUUUCACUAGUCUAUGUCCCUACCUUGCCCCUGAUUGAGUGAUUCUACAGCUGCUCUCUGUCUGCUAGUAUACAGCUGUAUGUCUACUAGUAUACAUCAAGUCCUUUCAUUUCAGAAUCUCGUAGUUUGUGGAUGGGGAAUUGGAAGUGUCCUAGAAGUAUCUUGUCACUGUUGUUGUCAACUGAGACAGAAAGAACGAGUGAGAGAGGCUCCUAUGCAUGCAGGCUGAUGCAUUCUGGGAAAUCCUGGGUAUUAAAUAUAGUGAUUACCCCUGGCCUCUUGGACGGCUGUGUAAAGAGGCUUUGAACUGGUCUUAGGUCUCUGAGCACCUGGCCAGGCUCUUGACUCAUGGGGGUUGGAGACACCACAGCACAUGCUGAACUGAAAUGCUUUACUGUCAUUACAGACCAUGAAUAUGAGAUUAUUUUCAGUCUUACUUUAAUAAAAACUGUUCUUUGCAUUAUGGCAAUCAA